AUGCGGUCGCAAGUAACCCGCCAUGUCUUGCGACGCCUUCCUGCUGGCCGGGCACCAGGCACCUUGCCUCUCUAUACCUCCCUCCCGAGACCUACUUUCCGCACAUAUCCGGUCGGGUGCCGAGUCCCAAGGACAGCACAGCGCAGGACCUUCCUGAAGCUGUUCCAAAAGCCACCCCGAACCUUGAAGGAACUCGGGACUGAGCCGGGCUACGAGACCCUACUCCAGCAUCGCGCUGCAGAAAACGACAAUCUUCGACCUCCCCCUGAGCCAGAACUGGCGAAGGCAUGGCGUGACUUCUUUGGCCACAAGACUCGAUAUGGACGCGCAGUGAACUCGACACAAGCCAUGUGCGCUCACGGUGUGCUUAGACAUCUUUGUCAACAGGAGAGGCCCGCCAAAGAUGCGCACCUCACCGUGCAAGACCUUCGAACUGCCAUGCAGUGCCUGUCCAAGCCGCCCCGUGACGACGCGACUCACCACCUCGAACUCUCCAGGAUGCUGUACAAGGAAAUCAGGAGGAGGGUACUGGGCGUGAGGCCGGGACCUGCCCAUGACACCGAGCUGGAAUCUCGUAUGAAGCCCAUUGACACAUUCGACUACGAGCACGACCUCCGUUCGCUGCUAGUGGCCCUAUCACAGUAUGGCAAGGCCUUGAAAGCACGAGACCUAUUGGUGAAAUACUACGAAAGGUUGAACGGCGUUGACCAAUACCGUGCCCGGCGCAAUUGGAUGCCUGUCUUACGCGGGCUAGCCAAGGAAGGUCGCGGACAAGCGCUGAAGGAUCUCGUCUUUCUGGCGGAAACAUAUCGUAUUAGGUAUAACCCGGAAUUCCAGGCGGUUCUGACGGGGUUCUUUGCGCACACAGAUAAUGCCAGCGAGACCAAGUCCUGGUUUCACUAUCCGAUGAAGGGGGGCGACAAGGGGGACGUAGCACCUGGUACAUACUACGACGUUCUCCAAUUCGCUCUUCGCAAUAAUGAGCAAGAGUGGGCAAUGGCCAUCUACCAAAGCCUGAUUAAGAAGCUAGAGUCUGGCUCGCCUCAGGAAGCCAAGCUGUCUUGGGAUACGGCUUUCCAGUGGGCAGUGUUACUACUUGGGAAAGGAAUCGACCACGUUGAGCAUAUGAUCAGAGUCGCCCAAAAGAUACCUGGCAAAUCCCAGUACCAGCCCGAUAUAGAGACGAUCAACGGUCUUCUGAAGGCCGCCACUGACAAGGAUGACCCAUACUUGGCUGAGAGAGUCGUCUCCUUGUCGAAGGACCUGCGAUUGGAGCCCGACUUCCAGACCUAUACACUACAACUGGAUUAUCGAAUCCGGGCCAAGGACCUUGCCGGUGCGUUCAGAGCCUACCAAGCACUGCAGAGCCUGGAAGAGCCUUCAGGAGACAUGGAGAUGCCCGUGUUGAACAAGUUCAUCCGUGCGCUCUGCUCGGAAGCGAAACCAGAGUACGAGCAAGUCCUUGAAGUCACCAGCUAUUUGGAACAACGGCACAUAACAUUGGAACCCGAGACAGUGGUAUCCAUCUGCAUGGCUUUCUUGAAGAAUGACGAGACAUACGAGGUGAUCGACACACUCUCACUACACACGGUUCAUUACAGUAUCACGGAGCGUCAUCUGGUGCGAAAAGCUUUCGUCGAUUAUUGUUUAGACAAGACGGUCAGUACAGCACGAGUCUGGGAUGCAUAUGCAUUACUACGGCAAUUCUUCCCGGAAGUGGAAAACGAGGAUCGAGUCUCGAUUAUGGAUGCCUUUUUCGACAGAGGACGUGCAGACAUGGCUUGCCACGUCUUCGGCCACAUGCGCUCCCAUGGCAAUCCCAUGCACCGCCCUACGCUGGAGGUGUAUGUUCGUUGUUUUGAGGGCAUCGGGCGAUGCCCUGACCUUGAGAGCUUGAAGAUGGUCCACAACAUGUUGAAGAUGGACACGACAAUCCAACCUAACACACUGCUGUACAACUCACUCAUGAUAGCUUACAUUGCUUGCGACACCUCGCACCAGGCUCUGGACUUCUGGAAUGAGAUUACCAACUCCCCCGAAGGACCGUCAUAUUCGACACUCGAGCUCGUGUUCAGAGCGUACGAAGUCGCUCCGUACGGCGAUGAACCCUCAAGAGAGCUGUGGGAGAAAAUCAAGAGGAUGGAGAUCGAUGUGCCGAUACAGGUCUACUCAGCCUACAUGACGGCCUUGGCCGCACAUGGUCAGCUGGCCGAGGUGAAGGUGCUCAUGGAGGGCGCAGAGGACGUAACUGGAAAACGUCCAAACGUCCACACCCUUGCCUACACAUACAAUGCGCUGCCGUCGCCAGAACUGAAGGACGAGUUCGAGGCCUGGGCAGAGUUCGAGUACCCGCCAACGUGGGAGGCCCUCAAGAAGAAGUACAAAAGGAGGGCAGACGCAGAGGGGUUGAGGACCUUCAGACUCCCGCGGCCGUGGAAGGCGUGA